AUGCCUGAUGUACCACAGGCUAUAUGCAUUGAUUCGGAAGAGGAAACGCCGGCGCCACGAAAAAGACGUAAGCGUCGAGGGGCGGCACUGCCCCCUCUGAAUGUUUGCAUUGACGUGGAUGAAGAUCAGACAGCGGAGAAUGGCAAGGAAAAGGCUGGCAACUCUGCCAAAGCAGCAGACAAUGCGACCGUUUGCUUGUCAUCCGAUGAAGAGGCUCCUAAAUCGAGUCCAAAGCGUCCUCCCACUUGCAAGGAUGCGUCGAAGCAGGCAGUGAGUGAAGCUAGUGCCCCUGUCGAUGAUACCGAUGGACUGGAUGCGCGGGCACAGGAGCUUGCUGAGGCUGCCUUGCGAAGCCUUCCUCUUGAGGUUCGUGCUUCCAGGAUUGCCAAGGUGAAGCAUAGCAUUCUCGUCCGCUUACGGAGCCAAGCUGCUUCUGAAUGCCAAGCGCACGUCGAGCCAGCCGCCCCGGCAUGCCCUCCGCAGCCUCCACCACCACCACCCAGUGAAGCAAAGGGUGUGGACGGUGUCGCCCCGGAGCAGAACCUGUUGUCUCAGCAGAAACGAGAUCUCCAAGAUUGGGUGGAGAGGAACCAACAGCAGCUGCAGCACAAACAUUUUCAGGUUGAACAGCAACGCUUGGAUGCAGAAAUGCAGCGACAAGAAGGGGAACGAUACCGGUUGGCACAGCGAGAGAAGAGAAAGGCUUUGUGGAACACUGGAGUCACCGAAGCUUCGGAUGGUGUGGAGCGCGAGGGGAGGUUGACUGCCAAUGGUUGGGAGAGCAGCCACUUUCAAUCCAACAAGGAACGGCUGAAGUUCUUGCGCCUUAUGGGUGGCCAGAAAUUUGUGGACGCUGCAACAUCCAUGGAAGGCGAGCUUGACGAUGAAAAGGUCUUUGAGCUCAUCCGUGGAGAGUGGGUGGAAGCGAAAGAGGACGAAGAGGAUGAUGAGGAGGAGUUCAAUAUCAGGGAAGAUGCUGCUACAGUGGAACUCAUGGCAGGACAGUGGGUGGAUGUGCAAAUGGAGCCCAAGGAAUCUGCAUGUGCGGAGAGAGCACAAGACCUGGAGAGGCAGUACCUGGAUGGGAUGUCUCGGCAGUUGGGCGCAAAACGACUUGGCCUCGGGGCAUGACAGCUGUGCUGCUUUGGACACUGUACUCCAUGAACUCUACCUGCGGCGAUGUGCACGGAGAAGGAGAAACGGAGAAACUGGGUACGCUGGUAGCAAAAUGCGCUGGAGGGGCGUGCGGCAUGGAGAUGCUCUGCAGACAAACGAAAGCUUUGCGAUGAGAAGACAGGACUGGAAGAGCUUCACAAGCACGAGCUGCACGCC